GGACUCCUUGAUAAGUACCUGAUCCCUAAGGCUAGUAAUGCCGAGAGCAAAGUAUUCUACCUCAAGAUGAAGGGCGACUACUAUAGGUAUCUCGCAGAAGUUGCUACAGGAGAAACCAGAAAUGGUAUGUACCUGAAACCGAAAGGUGGAAAUUUUGCUGAUAAUUUUGCACGUAAUGUAUAUUCAGCCGUGGUAGACGACAGUCAAAAGGCAUACCAGGAUGCGUUCGAAAUCAGCAAGUCAAAGAUGCAACCUACUCACCCGAUCAGGCUAGGUCUCGCCCUGAACUUCUCCGUUUUCUAUUACGAGAUCCUCAACUCUCCAGACAAGGCCUGCCAGCUGGCCAAACAGGUAUAA